UCUGUUGCUGUGAAGUGCUCGUUUCUCGUUGCUUUCGUAAUUAAUAAUUGCCUAAUGAUAAUCACGCAGGUCUGGCGCAUAGUGAUCGUGCAGUGAUAUACGGACCCCAAACAGUUUGCGAUCGACAGUGAAGCUUAACGGGUGUCCUAUUUUCUUUCAACAUCAGAAAGAAGCUAACAGUAACAAAAGCCUAUCUUUCGCUGUUGCUUAUCUUUUAUGUACCAAACAAAAUAAACAUCCGCAUCGAUAAACAAAACAAUACAUUCAAACAAAUUCAUAAAUCACCAAUCUAUUAGUGAUCUGCGCCAGCCACUUAAAUCGCCAACUUAGGAACGAUACAGUUUUCCAGUGCAAAUCAAAGAAUAACUCUUUAAAAAUCCGCUUGAUAAGAUGAUAUCUGCCCGAGCGCUGCAUUAUGUGUUUAAGAUCGGAAAUCGUGCCAAAAACAUUCAGUUUUUCCGGGAAGUGCUUGGCAUGCAGGUUUUGCGACAUGAGGAAUUUACGAAAGGUUGCGACGCCGCCUGUAACGGGCCGUACGACAAUCGUUGGAGCAAAACUAUGGUUGGCUAUGGACCGGAAGCGUCGCACUUCGUGAUCGAGCUGACGUACAACUACGGAGUAAUGGAGUACACCCUGGGAAAUGACUUUGCUGGCAUCACGAUCAAGUCGGCGGAUAUACUGGGACGUGCGCGGGCCAAGGGUUACCCAGUUCGAGAAGAAAACGGUCGAUCAGUGCUCACCUCUCCGGAUGGCUACCAGUUCUUUGUCGUGCCCGAGAUACCAGCAACGGACACUGAUCCGGUGCAACGCGUUGCCUUGAACGUCAUCGACAUUGAUCGCUCGUUGCGAUACUGGGUAGAUUUGUUGGGAAUGGAGCAUCUCGGGGCACGCGACAGUGAACGGGCUCAACUAUCAUACGACAAGGGAAAGUUCGUUCUGGAACUGCUGCGGAUUACGGAGCCGCUGAAACGGGCUGAGGCGUAUGGCCGUAUCGCUUUUGCUGUGUUGUACGAUGCGCAGCCAAAGAUCGAAGAGCUGAUCCGGGGUGCAAACGGAACUAUCCUAACGCCACUAAUCACGCUCGACACGCCGGGCAAAGCAUCCGUGCGGGUCGUCAUUCUCGCCGAUCCGGAUGGGCACGAGAUCUGCUUCGUCGACGAGGAAGGUUUCACCGCCCUUUCUGCUGUUGAUCCGGCCAGCGAUGCCGCUAUCAACCGCUACAUCCAGAAAGAUCCAUUCCAAGAAAAAAAGUGAACAUCAAUGUGCUUAAUAUUAUGUUGUAGUCAAUCGGUGAGUAUAUUAUCCCAUGUUAAAUUUCGUGAAUACAUUGUCAUUUUAUCGGUCGUAGACAUUUCAAUGUAGCCUGGGACUACGGAGUGAAAAACAAAACACUAACACAGCAACGAAUACUUAAUCUGAUAAUUAAAUGACCCGUUAGUGACCGCUGGUGUAACAGAGACAAAGUUAAUCACAGGUGCUUACUAACGUAACGUUGUGAUUUUACGGCUGGGCUUGUUGGUCCCGCACCAACCCUCCGCCUUUCUGACAACGACGACCACUCUAUUUUCGGGCCAAACCAACAGUUUAAAGAUCAUAAUAUUAAUAUUCCAUUAUCAUUUUCUAUAAAUGUUGUUUUUAUAAUUGUCAUUUAAUGGCUUCUAAGCUGGUAAGACAGAAAAAAAUCAUAACACAUACAAUGGUCAUCAAAGUCGUCUUGUUAAUCGUAGGCAAUGACAAUGUCAUUUUAUUGGUCGUGGUCUUUUCAAUGUAGGGCUAAGGGCUUGAGGCUAACGGUCCAGUCCAUAUUACAAAUGACGAAUACUUCAUCUAAUAAUUAAAUGGUCAGAUAAUGGCCUUUGCAAUGACCUUUGCAGCAAACAGUAUAAUGAGCAUAGCACAGUAGAAUUCUGAAGUGUAGUAUUCUAUCAGUAAAUCGUUGUCAUUGGCUGACGUCUUAGUAGGUAGAUGCAAGCGGUUCAAAAAAACCAUAAAGAUAUUCAUUGACCACUGCAGCACUAAUUAAAUCAUAGUGCUGCGAUUACCGAGCCCAUUAGUCAGCUGCGAUUGUCUAGCAAUGUGAGGUGCAGGUUUUUUUUGCUGCACUCUGAAAACACUUUGCGCGUUUGCCUUCGGCAACGCACUGUUGAGCGAUCGUCAGUUGAUCUCUGGCGCCCUUUGGUGUCUUUUUUUAUCUUUUUGUUUGAUUCUUUAAAAAAGUCUGCCGAUCCGAAAUCCGACGAGCCAGUUUUAAGCCGUCCACCGAAGCAGCGUAGGGAAUGCACAUUGUGUUGCACUGGUAUUGCAUUGCGUGCACUUAGUCCGUGCCGUGCGUUUGUUUCUGUCUGUUGCAGACGACCUUUUAUCGGUUACUUAACUUUCUGCAGUCUACGCAGUCUGGGUUGUGUGUCGGUUUCGUCUGCUUCGAACUCGGGAAGAAACGUUGCCGUGCUGAGUUUUCUGGCAAUUUGCAGGGUUAAGCUUGUGAAUAGAAAAAGGAGAACGAAAGAAAGGUUGCCUUCAGAUAUUAGGCGCCCUGUCCUAGUGUCCUGUGUGCCUUGACCAUCCUUCGUCAAUCAAAUACCAUUCAAGAUGCCAUGUAGAACAUGCGGUAAAGGUGAGAAUUGAUGCAGUUCUAUCAUUUGAAUUUGUGGUAGCAAAUUGGCCAUCACUGUUUUCCUGUAUCUUUCUCAUCUUAUGAAUCUACAACUCCCUGUUCUGCCCUUCAACUCAAACAAUCCUUCAGACUGCCCGUGUUUGCGCAUGAUGAGCAAACGCAGCUGUGGCUGCCGUCCAUGCGAUUCUGGUUGCACUUGCAGUUGCAACACCAGCUCGAGCAAUCGGAAUAUAACAUCAGUAACAGAGGGAGCCAGGGUUGGCGCUUUACAAGAGUCGACGAUAGGAGAGACCGGGUGCGGCUGCGGUGAUAGUGCGGUUGGGAAAGGACAUGAAUCAGCCCCAGUUAGUAGCGAAUCUUCAGGAUGUUUUUGAACGUUUUCUGUGAAAUCAACAAGAGUAAUUCAAAAAAGUAAAGGUAGAAGGAGUAGUGGAGGUAAAAAAUAUUAAGGUAAAAAAGGCAGAGUGAAUGCGACAGUAACAGAGGUCGAGAUUAGCAAUGGGGUUAGAUAACCGUGCUCCUAGUGCGAUUCAAUUUAACAAAUAAAUCUAUUCAACAUUGCAAAAAAUUUUUUGAAAGAAAUAUUUCGUUAUUAUCAAAUGUGAAACGGCUUUAUACUGGAUACGAUAUGUUGGUAAGCUUGGUGUCAAAAGGAAGGAAUAAAUUGAAACGUUUGU